GUGAGACACCCCCGGCCGCGCAGGCGCACUGUGGGCGGAUACCAUGGCGCUGCCGAGCUCUCUGAACAGGUAUCUGCUGCUCAUGGCACAGGAGCACCUGGAGUUCCGUCUGCCGGAAAUAAAGUCUUUGCUUUCACUUUUCGGAGGUCAGUUCACCAGUAGUCAGGAAACUUACGGAAAGUCUCCUUUUUGGAUUCUUAGCAUUCCCUCUGAAGAUAUUGCCAGGAACUUAAUGAAACGAACAGUGUGUGCCAAAUCUAUAUUUGAACUAUGGGGUCAUGGAAAAUCUCCAGAGGAGCUGUACAGUUCUCUUAAAAACUACCCUGUGGAGAAGAUGGUUCCAUUUCUACAUUCAGAUUCUACAUAUAAAAUAAAGAUUCACACAUUUAAUAAAACAUUGACACAAGAAGAAAAAGUCAAACGAAUAGAUGCACUUGAAUUUCUGCCAUUUGAAGGAAAAGUGAAUUUAAAGAAGCCACAACAUAUAUUCUCUGUUUUGGAGGAUUAUGGUUUGGACCCAAAUCACAUCCCUGAGAACCCACAUAAUAUUUAUUUUGGUAGAUGGAUUGCAGACGGACAGAGAGAGCUCAUUGAGUCAUACAGUGUCAAAAAGAGACACUUUAUUGGAAAUACAAGCAUGGAUGCUGGUUUAUCAUUCAUCAUGGCCAACCAUGGAAAAGUGAAAGAAAAUGAUAUUGUGUUUGAUCCAUUUGUUGGAACAGGUGGUCUUCUGGUAGCAUCUGCUCAUUUUGGUGCAUACGUGUAUGGGACAGAUAUAGACUACAACACCGUUCAUGGCCUGGGAAAGGCUAGUAGGAAAAACCAGAAAUGGAGAGGACCAGAUGAAAACAUUAGGGCAAAUCUUCGUCAAUAUGGUUUAGAGAAGUAUUACCUUGAUGUCCUGGUUUCAGAUGCAUCUAAACCUUCCUGGAGGAAGGGCACAUUUUUUGAUGCAAUCAUCACUGAUCCUCCAUAUGGUAUUAGAGAAUCUACAAGAAGAACAGGUUCACAGAAGGAAAUACCAAAGGGGUUAGAAAAAUGUCCAGAAAGCCACGUUCCUGUUUCGUUGAGUUAUCAUCUGAGUGAUAUGUUUUUUGAUCUGUUGAACUUUGCAGCUGAGACCCUCGUAUUAGGUGGAAGACUAGUCUAUUGGUUACCAGUGUACACACCCGAAUACACGGAAGAGAUGGUACCCUGGCACCCUUGCUUGAAACUCAUCAGCAACUGUGAGCAAAAGCUUUCCAGUCACACAUCAAGGCGCUUGAUAACAAUGGAAAAGGUGGAGGAAUUUGAGAACCGGGACCAGUAUUCACAUCUACUAAGUGAUCACUUUUUGCCAUACCAAGGCCAUAACUCCUUCCGUGAGAAAUAUUUCAGUGGAGUAACGAAAAGAAUUGCCAAGGAAGAAAAAUCUAUCCAGGAGUGAAAAUUAAGACUUUGACAAUAGAGAAGGAAUAAGGAUUUGACAGAAGAAGCAUCUGGAUGUGAACUUUCAUGUAUGAUAUAGGAAAUGUACUGUUUUAAAUAAUUUUAUACAGCAAAAUCAAUGCUAAAAGGUCAAUUGAACAAUUCUUUUAACAUUAGCUUUGUUUUAUAGACUAUUUUGUUGUAUGUACUCUUUUGACCUUUAAUUUAUAUUUGUACUUUCAAGUAUUACAGAAAUUGACUGAAAACAGUUAUAUUUUUGGUAAUAAAUUUACAAAGGGAACUAAUAGUGUUGACUUUUUAAACAGAUAUCUGCUGAAUAUGUUAUAGGCAGUUAAUAGUAGUUGAAAAUUUAUUCAUUAGGUAGAUUUGUUUAAUUUGGGUUUUGAUUUUAAUUGCUUUACAUUGUCACUAAUAAAGCUCACUGAGGAUUCAUAAAAUUGUGUAGAAUUCAGUGCUUUUCAGGGGGAUGUGAUGAAGGAAAUGAAUUUUUACUUCUAAAUCCCAGACAAGUAAGUAAUAACAAUGAUAAUGGUGAUGAUGAGAAAGGCUAGGACCUGACAACCUAAAAAGAUUCCAGACUCCUUGAGGCCUGUCCGCAUCUGAAGCUCGUCUGUACCUUGGACUUGCUCUUGCAUUCCUAAACCUUGACUGUCGGUCAAGUUAACUACCCACAAUUUUUGGUUUAGAA